UCUUGGUACAAGAAGUGGGCCGUUCUGGCUCCACUUCGCAGCCGACCCUGGCUGUGUCCGGUAGAAGGUCGCACAGAUUCCACAGAGUUCCGGGAGAGUCCCGCGCUAUCUUUACGGGAUGUGCAGAUGGAGGCCGGAGGAGAUAAUGCUGUCCCAGCCCCCGGGGGCGUGGAGGACUUGGUGGACACGCAGUUCCCCAGAGAGGAGGCUGGAGACAGUGAAGGGGUUCACUCAAGCACGCUGGAUCCCGGAGAUGGGGACCCGGAGGACACAGGAUCCAAGGCCAAGGACCACCCAUCCAGCCUCCUGUCACCUUUGCCUCAGGCUGAGGCCCAGCCAAGCACUUGUGAGCACUGGGAAACUGCAGCUUCAGACAGCACUCCCACUGGAGAACCUGAGAGUAGCUCUGAGGGUCAGGGAGAAGACCCCAGUGAUGGGGACCCCAGUGAUGGGGAUCCCAGUGACGAGGACUGGCGCAGCCAGCGGAAGCACGUGUUCGUACUGAGUGAGGCGGGCAAGCCCAUCUACUCACGGUAUGGCAGCGUGGAGGCACUGUCGGCCACAAUGGGUGUGAUGACAGCCCUUGUGUCCUUCGUGCAGAGUGCAGGAGACGCCAUCCGUGCCAUCUAUGCUGAGGACCACAAGCUGGUGUUCCUGCAGCAGGGUCCACUCUUGCUGGUGGCUGUGUCUCGGACUCCACAGUCUGCAGCACAGCUACGAGGUGAGCUGCUUGCAGUACAUGCACAAAUUGUGAGCACACUAACGCGUGCAAGCGUGGCCCGCAUCUUCGCGCAUAAGCAGAACUAUGACCUCCGUCGCCUGCUGGCUGGCUCAGAGCGCACACUGGACCGGCUCCUGGACAGUGUGGAGCAAGACCCAGGUGCCCUGCUCCUGGGUGCUGUGCGCUGUGUGCCUCUGGCCCGUCCACUGCGGGAUGCCCUGGGCACACUACUGCGGCGCUGUACAGCCCCAGGCCUGGCCUUGUCGGUGCUGGCUGUCGGCGGUCGACUGAUAACAGCAGCCCAGGAGAGGAAUGUGCUGGCCGAGUGCCGGCUGGACCCAGCUGAUCUCCAGUUGCUGCUUGACUGGGUGGGUGCACCAGCCUUCGCAGCAGGUGAGGCAUGGGCGCCUGUGUGCCUGCCUCGCUUUAACCCCGACGGUUUCUUCUAUGCCUAUGUGGCCCGCCUGGAUUCCAUGCCCGUCUGCCUGCUGCUGCUUGGUACCAACCGUGAAGCCUUCCAUGCCAUGGCUGCCUGCCGGCGCUUGGUUGAAGAUGGGAUGCACAACCUUGGUGCCCUGCGUACUCUUGGGGAGGCUGCCAGCUUCUCUAAUGUCCCCGCAGCCAACGCCCCUGCCUACAGUGUGCAGGCUGUGGGGGCACCUGGCCUCCGGCAUUUUCUCUAUAAGCCACUGGAUAUCCCUGAACAGCACCGCCAGCUGCCACAGUUUACCAGUCCCGAGCUAGAGGCCCCAUACAGCAGGGAGGAGGAGCGACAGCGACUGUCCGACUUGUAUCACCGGCUGCAUGCCCGCCUCCACAGCACCUCCCGACCCCUGCGCCUCAUUUACCACGUGGCUGAGAAAGAGACGCUGCUGGCGUGGGUGACUUCCAAGUUUGAGCUCUAUACUUGCCUCAGCCCCCUGGUUACCAAGGCUGGUGCCAUCUUAGUAGUGACGAAGCUCUUGCGCUGGGUAAGGAAGGAAGAGGACCGGCUUUUCAUCCGUUACCCACCCAAAUACUCCACACCCCCAUCCACCUCGGCAGACCAGGCCGCCAACAACGGCUUGUUCACCGGACUCUGAACGACCACAUUUGGCUUUAUGUUCUGUGUCUACUCGAAAUGUGGGUAGUGGUCUGUGCGGGGAUGGUCCCCGUCUCCCUGACCAUGGGCAAGAUGUCAGGGUUUGCCCACAAAUGGGAGAAGGGUGACAGCAGACAGGGGCAUAAGCUGCUCUCAGAGCCCCCUCAUGCACCUCCAUGUGCAGGAAAGUGGGAAGCUUCCUCUGUCCUCGGCCUCACCUUAACUAGCCUGAAAGCCACUGUACCCUCUCACCAGCUGUCUCCGCCAAGCCUCUUCUAAGCAGCACAGGUUGCUACCAUGUCCAUCUUCCAAGCAGACCUGAGACUGGGCUGAGGCUGUCCUCAGGGUAGGGGUGGGUAACCCACAAGGGCUCUAGAAUUUGGAAUGCAGGGCUAGCCUGUGCUUAAAACCAGCCUAUGGGUAUUUAAAAACAAACAAACAAACAAAAACGAAACAGCCUAAAGCUGAAUCCUCCAAGACCUUCCUCUGUCCUUCAUGCUCCUUCCCCGCCCCCAUCAAGACCUUCCUCUGUCCUUCAUGCUCCCUCCCUGCCCCCAUCAUUUUUUUCCUUUUCCUACUUUAAAACAAACAAGCAAAAAACCCCAAACAGAUCCAAGCCCCACCAAUGUUGGGCUGUUUCUUACACGAAUAAGAAGGUGGCCUUCAGCAUCCACCUGUGUGAAACAUGCCACCCGACUUCAUCCAUGGGCCGGAAUGCAGCUUUGUGAAGAUGCUCUUAGCCACUGGAGCUUUUACUCACAAAAGAUUUAACUUCCUUCUGUACCUUUUAGUGGAGAGCUGUAAACGGACAAGGGUUGGAAAUGUGUUCUGGACAUUGGCCACUUGCAGUGACAACCUAAAGAAGAGCCCUCAAAGAGCUUGUGCUCACAGCCCACCUCAAUUGCUCACUACCUAGCUUUCAGCCUUUAGACACGGCCCUGUGUUUGCGCGCAUGCGUGCGAACGCAAACUAGCAGUUUCGUUUGCAGAUGGUCUGCGCUUGCUCCAAGCAGAUACCUGUGUUCCCCAACCCCCUGGUUUCCUACAAUGUCUCUUGGCACGCGCUGCCUUUCCUGCUGUUGUUUCUCUUCUGAGGCACAUGCGCAGAUACCCCACGUUGGGAAAUGGCUGCGGAGCUGGAGCCUUUGAUGGCGGAGUGCCUGGGAGCUGAGAAAGCUGAAGAUACCCGAGGUAGUGAGGGCCCACAGGGUAGAUGGGAAAGAGGCUUCGGCUCAUUAUAAUUGAGAAUUUUUUUAGGGAAAAAAAUGUUUUUAGCCUAUUGAAACUUAUAACUUCCACAAAGUGGAAAUAAAUAACAUGCGUGUUCUCAUCACCUAGGUUAACUCGCCAACUUUAUUGACCAUAUUAAAUAUCUUAAGCAAGUAGUUCAUUUCAGGACCCCAUUACUAAGCAAGUCGGGAGGGGUAGUGACAUUCUCCCAAAGCCCCUCUGUUGCUGCACAGCUGAGGGAAGAGACUCCUGUCGUCUCACAGCCAGCCUAGAUCACUACGUGUGUUUCUCAAGGCUCUUGAGAAUGGUUUUCCCCACUUUUGUCAAAUUUGGUUUGACUUCAGUAAUGACAGUUUCUCUUCCUCAUCGGGCGCAAGGUGAUGGAGUCCAGCCUAGAAAAUACUGGAAAUGGCAGUUCCUUCGAAAGAAAAUAUCUCCCAUGGUAAAAUCACUAGAAGAGCAUUCUUGUUUUAAUUAUAGAAAUUUCCUCAACAUUCUAAAGUAGAGAAAAUAGUGUGACCAGAGACCCUGACCCUGCUUCAAUGGGUGUUCAAUCUUUGUAACUAUCUCUCUCCACCUCCCCUUCCUGCACACUCCGUCUGUCACUACAUGGUCAAACAUAGGGGGUGGCAUUUUGCCAGACCUGUUCAUGAGAUUCCAAAACAAUGAGUGUGACCUUGAAGAGCAAGACCUGCAUUUCCCCGGGCACCUGGAACACCUGCUUGGUGCCUGGUACUCAGUGACCUUUUUCUUUCUUUCUUUUUUUUUUUUUGUGGAUGAAUAAUGCCAUCAUUUUAGCAGAUUUUGUCUUACAUUGGAGCCACAUGUUGGGCGUCAGUUUUCAAAGAAUAGAAAUAAGACAAGCCACACUUUGUUAAGCACAUGAUACAGUGCCACAGAGAUUUAAACAUUUAGCAUCAACCUUUCAAAUUCCUCCAAGUUUAAGUAAUAAAGGACUUCAUCAUCAUCUUCAUCAUCAUCAGCACUGGAGGGAGUUAAAAGGCGGAUCGAUCGGGUCACAUUUCUUAGCCGUUGACUGGCCCUUGGGGAGGAGGGGGUGCUAUGCAGCCCCACUGGCCUUCUGGUAGAGGAUUAUGUUUUCAGCAGAUGGCUGUUCCCCAUCUGGAGUCUUCGUGCUAGGUAAUCACAGGAGCCAGACUACAUGAGCCAGACUAUAACGGUGGCCAGUGGUGCGUUACUAACAGGCAGAGAUAGAAGUGAUCCAGAACCUGACCAAAUCUACGUAUAUCCAUGCAGGUUGUAGACUUUUUUUUUUUAAGGUGGAGAAAUAUAAUUUUCAGUUGAUAUAAUUGUUUAUUCAUAAAAAAAAAAUGGGCUCCAGAAGUUUUAUUUUUAUUAUUGACUAAUUGGGAUUGAAAUAAGAAAGGAGAAAGUAUAGCCGUCAAAAGUGUCCGAGGUAAGCACACUGAUAACUGUGGAGAGGGGCCUUGAGGGAGGGGAGCAAAUGGAGGCCUUUGUGAUACAUUGUUUUAUUUAUCUCUUAGAAAAUAGGUAGUGAUGUGUAAUGUACAGUGUAAGAGCAAGGGAAAGCUGAGCAGCACCGGAGGAUUGUGUCAACGUGGGACCAGUGUUAACACCCAGAUUUUAAGUUGUGCAGGUACCUGGAGCCUCCAUAUAUAGGAAAUGUGCACUGGAGUAUUAAGGACUAGUGGGUCAUACUGUUUGCAGCUUACAGAUGACAAACACUCGACACACGGAGACACUGAUAGAGAGCCACAGCCUAUUUCUAUGACUUUUGUGUACAUCUGAAACAGUUUCAAAAUAAAAUGUUAUAUGGGGACUUA